AUGGGGGAACAUGAGCUUGUCUGCCAUAAGAUGGAGUAUCCAACUGCUAUGUUUUUGUGCCAUGCGAUCAACAAAACAACAGUGUAUAAGGUUCCAUUGGUGGGCAGAGAUGGGACAAAAGCCAAUGCUUUGGCAGUCUGUCAUAAAGAAACAUCAGGUUGGAACCCAAAGCGUAUGGCAUUUCAGAUUCUCAAACUGAAGCCUGGAACCAUUGUAUUUCUAAGUAGCCAAGGUAUUGUGCUUGAGGAAGCUUAUUGGAAAUCAGUAUUCCCCAACAAUCCAAUGCCAAAAGCUUUAAGAGAUAUUCUACCACCAUCUGAUAGCAUUAAUGGAUCAAUUAAGGAUUCCAAUGCUAGCUACCAUGCAGGAAGUUAUAGAAAUGAACAAUCAAUCCAAGGUAAUAGUACUGGACCAUCUAAGGAAUUUAGUGCUCCAAGCUCUCUAGGAGCCUACCAGGCUGGAAGUUAUAGAAAUGAACAAUCAAUCCAAGACUGUUCAGGUAAUGGUACUGGAUCAUAUGAGGAAUUUAGUGCUCCAAGCUUUCUAGGAGCCUACCAGGCUGGAAGUUAUGGAAAUAAACAAUCAAUCCAAGAUUAUUCAAGCAAUAAUACUGGACUAUCUAAGAAAUUUAGUGCUCCAAGCUCUCUGGGAGUCGACCAGGCUGGAGGUUAUGAAAAUGAACAAUCAAUCCAAGACUAUUCAGGCAAUAAUACUGGACUAUUUAAGGAAUUUAGUGCUCCAAGCUCUCUAAGUGCCUACCAGACUGGAAGUUAUGGAAAUGAACAAUCAAUCCAAGAGGCCUCCAUUGAUUCAAAUCUCAACAACAACUUCAAAGUGGACGAUAAUAUUGUUUCAGUCGAUGAAACUACCUUCUUCUUUCAAAGGGAUCUACGCACCGGUAAGCUGGUGAACUUACCAAAUCUCAUUGCAACAGGUGAUAAAACUCCAUUUUUGCCCGACCGAGUUGCCAAGUCAAUUCCCUUCUCAAGCGCCAAAUUGCCUGAAAUUUUGAACCACUUCUCGUUAAAACCUCAAACAAGGGACGCCAACACCAUUGGUGAAACAAUCAGAGGAUGCGAAAGAGCAGCCAUUAAUGGAGAGCAAAAGUUUUGCGCCACAUCAUUAGAGUCCUUCAUAGAUUUAAGUAUUUCAAAGCUCGGGAAACAAAUCCAGCUUCUAUCAAUCGAGUUUUCGAAAGAAACAAAGAACCCGUUGUUUUCAAUCUCCAGGGGAAUGCAAAACAUGGGAGAACAUGAGCUUGUCUGCCAUAAAAUGGAGUAUCCAGGUGCUGUGUUUUUGUGCCAUGCGCUCAACAAAACAGGUGUGUAUAAGGUCCCAUUGGUGGGCAGAGAUGGGACAAAAGCCAAUGCUUUGGCGGUCUGUCAUAAAGACACAUCUGGUUGGAACCCAAAGCAUAUGGCAUUUCAGAUUCUCAAAGUGAAGCCUGGAACCGUCCCCAUUUGCCACUUCCUUUUCAGAGAUACCCUCGUCUGGGUUUCCAACUCAACAGCAAAAUGA